GUACGCAUUGUUGCGACGUCCGCCACAGUAUCGCCGGUCGCUGCCCGGUCCCGGUUAUCCCGUCGCAGAGUUCAACUCCUGGUUUACAUGUGCUCGUAAUUUCUCCAUUUCCAAUCAAAUCUGACUCACGAAUUUGUUAGAGACAACACCAAUUCACUACCCAAGUCGCGGCCGCGAAGGUGUUCGCGCGCGCGUCAACCUGGCAACCCGACACACGAGCGUCGCCGAGUUGUUCUGAGAUAUCGUCAUUGUUCCAAUUACCGGCUGAAAUUUUCAAUACUUGAUAGUAUAGAUAGGGGGGAUCGAGUUGUGCUCUAAUGAGUUUCCGAGUUUUGGAGUCGCUCCGAUUUGCUGGUGUUGGAUCAAACGAGUAGAAAUCUAGAGGUCGCUUUUAGGUUAUACCUGUCUAACUCACGGUUGGAUGGUUAUACCUUAAACUAGGUAUGUGUGUAGUCCAGUUUAUGACUUCUCUUGACUUUUAGGACUUGAGUACUGUAAAAUGUAAUAUCCAUUUGGAUGGGAUCGCACAACAGAGGUAGAUAGAUUUUAUAGUGUUGUAGCCAGGUAUAACUCGCAAGAGUGUACAGUUUGAAAUUUUGUUUGCAUAUUCAAGAGGAAUAUUGUCUCUUCAUGUUAUUACAUUAGAGAUACUAAUACCUGAUGAUUUGUUAUACCAUGUAUAAACAUCUUGCGAGUUGACUCAACACACUGUAGAUAAAUGCCGCUGAUAAGAAGCAAAACUAAUUAAAAUGGCUGAUGAUCAUAGCUCAAUCCAAGUUCUAUUGAUAGAAGGCCCAAGUAUAAAUAAUGGAGUACCAGGGUUUAUCGAGGAAGAGAUUGUGUGUUCAAUACCUGAUGAUAUCGAGGUAAUCCAGUUAAAUAAUUUGCCAGAAGUAAACUUUAAUAAGCCUUUACUACCUAGUAAACCUUUACUACCAAAAAAACAACCUGCACCAAAGGCAAAACGAAAACGUACAGCUGCAGAAAGAGCAAAAGCAAGAACAAACAAGAUACAACCUUUAAUAACACUUCCAGAACCACCAGCAGAUUCUUGUAUAGAUGUCUGUGGAUUAAAAGUUCCUGUAAAAACAUUGUUAGAAAAUUCAGAUAUUAGGAAACAGCUAGCACCUUUUAUUGAAGAAAUUGUUGUAUCAGAUAUAUCUGAUUCAUCUGAUGUUGAAGAAAUAGGUAAAGUUCAGAGGAAAAAAACACCUGUUAUCAAAGAAAGAAAGAAACAAAUAAAACCACUAAGUAGUAAAAAAAGAAAAAAAUCACCUGAACCAAAAGUGAAAGAAGGAACUGGACCUUUUGUUGAAGUUUUAAUUCCAGAUGUACCUGAUUCUACUGAGUUAUUAGGAGAAGAUAUUAUUGUGAAUUUACCACUUGCUAUUGAAAAAGAUGCAAUCCACGAUACACAAAAUAUGUGUGUUCUUGAAGAACAAAUUCAACUUGUUACUGACUCAUCAGAUGAUGAGCCUGUGGUUGAACAACAGAAUAAUGGCAUGCAAAAGAAACAAAUUUUAUUCAAGAAAGUAAAUCUUGUUAAUAGAUCAAAAAGCAAUGGUCUAGUUUAUACAAAAUUCAAAAAUACUGCUGAAAAAAUUCCAAACAGUCAAGUUGUGGUUUUAGACGAUGCAUUAAAGGAAAAUUAUAAAUGUCAAGAUAAUAAUUUAGAUAAAAAUAAUGGUCAAGAAGCUUCAGUCAUGGAGUCUGAUGAUUGGUAUUAUUUAAAUAUAGCAAACACACCAAAAGUUGACAGUAACUCAAAUACUAAAAAAUCAACAAAUGUUAAUGAUAACUCAAAUAAUGAAAAAUCAACAAAUGUUAAUGAUAACUCAAGUACUGCCAAAUCAACGAAUGUUAACUCAAAUACUGUAAAAUCAAAAAAAUUUGACGAUAAUCUAAGUAUGAAAACACCAUCAAAAGUUGACAAUAAUUCAAGUAUGAAAACAUCAUCAAAAGUAGAUGAUAACUUGACUGUGAUAACCAUAUCAGAAGAAAAUGACGAGAGGAUCAAAAACGGUUCUUUAGUUGAGAGUCUGCCAGUAGAAUCAGAUCAAGGUAUGCCCAACAAAGAACCAGAAGUCGAAACAGCAAAACGAAGGAGAAGAAAAAAACGAAGACGCAUUCCUUGGUCAAGACAUGCUAUAAGAGGAACAAGGGUUUCCAAAUAUGUAAAAGCCAAGUUGCAGGGAAAAAUUGUGAAAGGAGGUGUAAAAAAUGUAAUAAAUGAUAACCAGGAUACUACAAGGAAAUCAAAUGUGAUGCCUAAGAAAGCAGAAAACGCAGAUCCUUCAAGAGUUCAAAAGAACGCAAGAAAUAAUGCACCUAAAACAUCUAUUUUAGAUAAAACAAAUAUUAACCAUAAUAGUGCUAGUAAAAAGGAACCAUUACCUGUUGUACACAGAGGAACGUCUUUUACAGAUUCUAAGGAACCUACACUCACUAUCAAACAAGAGCCUAUGCUGGAAAAUAAUGUAGAUGAAACCACAACGGAAGUUUCCGAAGUUAAUGAGGUGAACGAAGAAAUAGAUGAAAAUAAAUUACGAAUAAAACUCGAGCAGGAAGUGAGUUGGAAUACCGACGUCAAUUGUCAAAAUUCGUAUUUCCAGGAGAAAUUAAAUGAGCCAUCAGUCAAUCCUCAUCCGAUUCAGCGAAGUAUAACGACGCGUCAAAAGCAAUCCAAAAUAACUGCUAAACGGAUGUUCUUUGGUCGAAGGCGUAUGAUAGGUAAAUGUGAUAACUGUGGGAAGAAGUAUGAGCGACUUGGAGCCUUGAGGCGUCAUCAGCUAGUAUGCAAAGUGAGUUACGAGUGCGCUAUGUGUAUCUUUUCUACUUCGGAUAAAAUUGCCUUCAGAGAGCACUUGGCGAAUCACAUAUUAGGUACCAACAAUGUUCAUCAGAAAGUCGAACAAUCCAAUGGUCCAGUCAACAACCUAAUGGCUCAUUGCUCAACAUGUAGUGAAGAUUCUACAGCUGUGGAGGGUUUAAACAAAUGCCAAAAGUGUUUAGGCUAUCUUGAGUAUUAUAGAUGCAAGAUUUGCGAAAAAUUGUUUGAAGAUUAUUCAUCUCUACGCAAACAUAUUCUUACAAGUCUGCAAGGGGCACAGGUAGCCCAAUCGCAGAGAGAUACUGACCGGUGUAGCAGAUGUGGUGCUAAUAGUUUUUCAAGUAAGUGCGAAUUCAGAAGUCACUUAGUGAGCAAGUGUGGGCCCAAGAAAACAAUUCCAAUGAAGAUACCAUAUGUCAGGUUGGAAAGAUGCAAUAUACCACAGAAAUUGACAAAAGUUACAGAGACGCAGCAGUAUCAUGCCAAAUCCUAUUGUCCAAAAUGCUCAAUAACGAGUAUAGCAACUAAAGGAGUGAUCGAAUGCGAUAAAUGCCAAUCCAAAUUGUCAUUUAUCUGUCAAGUUUGUUGCAACUUGUCAAUAACUCACGCUGACCUACGAACGCAUAUGUUCAGCGCGCAUAGUAUAGACUUGCACGAAUAUACAGAAAAUAGCCAUGUACCUGAACAAAAGUGCCUUUCUAUAGAGAAAGGAAAGUCUUGCAAGAAAGUUAAGCCAUUAUAUGAGAAAGAACAUAUUAUUCAAGAUCUAACUAGGUACAGAGAAGAACUCGUCGUAAAUUCAAAAGAAAAUACCAAGAUUUUUUCAAUAAACAAUAAAACAUCGCCACUUCCUGCCAUAAGACAAAUAGCGGGAUUUGACAAAAAGAUACAAAGUCAGAAGCAAAAACCGAAUAUUGGGACAGUUAAGAAAAUUGUUAGUCCAAUCAAACGAGUUGCAAGCAACUCAAUGGAAACUGAAAAGCAAGUUCCAGUUCUCGAAACUCUUGAAAAAAGUAAUUCUGAUCAUAGUACUGAUAAGUAUUUUAAUAAAUAUUCCGUGAAAGUUGUAAAUAGUCAGAUGGUUGAUGGGCCUAUGAAUAAGACGAAAUUUCUAAAUAGGAAAAUCAAGUCAUCAAUAACGCGAAUGCAAAAGCAAUGUUUCAAACAGAAUAAUAGUGCCUUUGAAAAAAAAUUCAAUAAUGUUCGUUACAGCUUAUCAAAAAAAACCAAGCUUGGGCUGGCUAAUCAAAUUAACCGAUUUUGUAUAAAAUGUGAUAAAACCAAGAAAUAUUACGAGAAGAUAAAAAUGGGUCUGACAAGAGAAAUUUGUAGAAAGUGCAAAAUGCAAUUACUAUAUCAAUGCAAGAAUUGCCACGGUAUAUGCCAAGAUUACCAAAAAAUGAUAUGGCACAUGCUAUUCAGAUGCAGACCACGUUUGCGCUUUUUCUCAGUCUCGCAUAAAUCACAUUUACGAAAAAUUUUGGAAACUAGAUACGCACUUCUUGAAGCCCAGCAGAAUAUUUUUGAUUCCAUUGCAUCUCAAUCCUAAGAGUAUUAUGAACUGUUAAACUGGUGCACAAUGAACUCAUAAAAAA